CCAUGAGCAUAAAAAAAAUUAUGAAUCUGCAUUAAUGCACGGCCUAUGAGAUUAUAUUUUAUCAGAAGCAGUUCCUCAUAUUUAUAAAUCAUGUAAAAUAUAUAGCCAAGAAAGAGUAAUGAAUGACUUCAAAAUUGAUUUGUCUGCACUUUUUAGCAGCUAGAGCUUGUGUCAGAGUCUUUUCCAAAAGGUGAAACUGACAUAAACAAGUUGAGACCUCUUUUUUUUUUUUUCUUCUUGGGAAAAGAAGAUUCCAAAUUUCAAAAAAAGAUAAGCGUGAAUGAACAAUGAGGAAGUUGAUCAUCAAUCACUAAAGUAAAAGGUAAGUGAAAGAAAGAUGGUCGAGACGAAAAAACAGUGGUUUUGUUUGUAGUACUCAAUCACUGAGAUUUUAGGGAAAGAAAAAGAAAAUAUCAAAGGGAUUGGGUUGUCUUCCCUGAUCUUCUUCUUCAAUGGGUUCAUUUCCUUAUUUCCUGGUGAUAUUUCCUUUGUUUCUAUUAUCUGCUGUGUGCCAAGUUGAAGAAUUCGUCAGUCUAGACUGUGGAGGCACGAGUAAUUACACUGACCGUAGUACUGGGUUGCCAUGGACAUCAGACAUGGGAUUCAUGAGCCGUGGAAAAUCAGCGGAAGUAGAAAAUCCAAGAGGAAACCUAGUACAGUAUCAAAGGCGGCGAGAGUUUCCCAUAGACGGCAAGAAGUACUGCUACACUUUAAUGACCCAAGAAAGAAGGCGGUAUCUAGUUCGUGCAACGUUUCAGUAUGGCAGCCGGGCUAAUGAAGAAACAUAUCCCCAGUUUCAGUUGUACUUGGACGCAACCAAGUGGUCAACUGUAUCGAUUUUGGAUGCUUCAAGAAUAUAUGUGAAGGAAGCUGUCAUCAGGGCACCCUCUGAUUCCAUCAAUGUGUGCAUAUGCUGUGCAACAACUGGUUCUCCAUUCAUAUCUACACUUGAGCUGCGUCCCUUCAACCUUUCAAUGUACGCCACUGAUUUCGAAGACAAUUUCUUCUUGGAAGUUGCAGCUAGAUUGAACUUUGGUGCCCCAAGUGAAGAUCCCCUAAGGUACCCAGAUGAUCCCUAUGACAGAAUUUGGGAGUCCGAUCUGGUUAAAAGGCAAAACUUUCUUGUAGGUGUGGCCCCGGGGACAGAGAGAAUAAGUACAUCGAAGAAUGUAGACAUAAGAACAAGAGAGUACCCACCUGAAAAAUUGAUGCAAACAGCUGUUGUUGGCACCAAAGGGAAGCUCAGCUACAGAUUAAAUUUAGACGAUUUCCCUGCCAAUGCUCGCGCUUAUGCAUACUUUGCUGAAAUUGAAGACUUAGGUGCCAAUGAAACUCGGAAGUUUAAAUUGGCGGAACCUUACACACAAGACUACAGCAAUGCAGUGGUGAAUAUUGCUGAGAAUGCCAAUGGGAGCUAUACUCUUUAUGAACCCAGCUACAUGAAUGUGACUCUAGAUUUCGUUCUGUCAUUUGCCUUCUUUAAGACCCGGGAUUCAACUCGAGGACCGCUUCUUAAUGCAAUGGAAAUUAGUAAAUACGUAAAGAUUGAUUCAAAGACUGAAGGACAAGACUUGAUUGUUGCCAAUGCCCUUCGCUCCAUGUCUUCUGAAAGCAUUUGGACAAAUGAAGGUGAUCCUUGUGUCCCAACUCAGUGGGAAUGGGUAGCCUGUAGCUUAACCCCUCCACCGAGAAUUACAAAAAUUGGCCUAUCAAGAAAGAAUGUGCAGGGUGAAAUCCCAUUAGAGCUCAACAACAUGGAGGCCUUGACAGAGUUGUGGUUGGAUGGUAAUUCCCUCACAGGUCCACUCCCUGACAUAAGUAAUCUUAUCAAUUUAAAGAUUCUGCAUCUAGAGAACAACCAAUUGAGUGGUCCACUACCUUCUUCCCUUGGCACUUUGCCAAACUUACAAGAAGUGUUCAUACAAAACAACUCUUUUACUGGGGAAAUACCACGAGGACUCUUAAGUGGGAGAGUCGAUUUUCAAUAUGGAGAUAAUCCCAAACUGCAUAAAGGGGAACAGAACAAGAAGCAUUUUAAGCUGAUACUUGGAAUUUCGAUUGGAGUGCUUGUAAUUCUGUCAGUUCUCUUCUUAGGAAGUUUAUUAUUUAUGCGAAGUUUUCGAAGAAAGACAUAUCAAAAGAAAAGCGAUAUUGCAAAAGGUGAUUCUAAGCGUAGCAGCACCAAACCUUCAACCACAUAUUCAAUUGCCCGUGGAGCGCAUUUAGUGGAUGACGGCAUAACUUACUAUAUUGCACUCUCUGAACUAGAAGAAGCUACCCAAAACUUUUCAAAGAAAAUUGGCAAAGGAAGCUUUGGAUCUGUCUUUUAUGGGAAAAUGAAAGACGGAAAAGAGGUGGCAGUUAAGAUCAUGGCAGAUCUGACCAGCCAUGGAAACCAGCAAUUUGUGACCGAGGUAGCCCUCUUGUCAAGAAUUCACCAUAGAAAUUUGGUUCCAUUAAUUGGAUACUGUGAAGAAGAACAUCAAUGUAUUUUGGUAUAUGAGUAUAUGCACAAUGGAACCUUGCGGGAUCGCAUACAUGAUUCUGCAAACCAGAAUCGCUUAGACUGGCUUGCUCGUCUUUAUAUAGCUGAAGAUGCAGCUAAAGGUCUCGAGUACUUGCACACUGGAUGCAACCCAAGCAUCAUUCACCGAGAUGUAAAAACAAGCAAUAUUCUCCUAGACAUCAAUAUGAGAGCAAAAGUGUCAGACUUUGGACUUUCAAGGCAAGCUGAAGAAGAUUUAACCCAUAUAUCAAGUGUGGCACGAGGAACAGUUGGCUACCUGGAUCCUGAGUACUAUGCAAAUCAGCAGUUGACUGAAAAGAGUGAUGUUUACAGUUUUGGGGUUGUUCUCUUGGAAUUGAUCUCUGGAAGAAAGCCUAUUUCCCCAGAAGUAUAUGGUCCUGAAAUAAACAUUGUUCACUGGGCAAGGUCUUUGAUUCGUAAGGGGGAUAUUAUUAGUGUCAUAGACCCUUUCCUGGUAGGGAAUGUCAAGAUCGAGUCCGUUUGGAGGAUUGCUGAAGUUGCCAUCCAAUGUGUUGAACAACAAGGGGUUUCCAGGCCAAGGAUGCAGGAAAUCAUUUUGGCCAUACAGGAUGCUAUCAAGAUUGAGAAGGGGACUGAAGGCAACCAAAAGAUCGUGUCACCAGGUAGUUCCAAGGCACAAACUUCAAGAAAAACUUUGCUGACAAGUUUUCUUGAGAUCGAGAGCCCGACUUAUCAAAGGUUCCAUCAGCAAGAUAAUCUUGCAGCAGCACCCCACCUCGAGAAUAUACAAUCAGUGUAACAUGUAAUCUAUAUCAUCUUUAACAAAUGAUUUUGCUUCUGCCUAGAUUGACAACACGGUUUUGUUCUGUUCUUCAUCAUCUCUUAUCAAACUGUAAUCCUUUUACCCUCAUAGAAUUAUGUAUCAAAGGUUUUAGGUGAUUGAUGUAUCAAGGGUUUUGGAUGAA